UCCCCCCUAAGGCCCAAACCUAAUCACUUUUCCUCUCUUCACCUCACCAAACUCAAACCCAAACGACACCCUUCCGCUACCAAAACGACUUCGCUUUUGCUCCUCCUCGUUUCACCGAGGCAUGUUAUUCGCUCACUGCUUCCACUCUUCUUCAUCUUUCGAUUUCGGCCCUUCGCAUCACCGUCGCCGUCGUUUUCACAUCCAAUAAACACGUUCACUUUUCGUUUCUCUGGGAAGGGAAGAAAUGGACCAAGCGGUUCUGGACGACAUAAUCAAUCGUCUUCUCGAAGUUCGCGGCCGUCCGGGGAAGCAGGUGCAGCUGUCGGAGUCGGAGAUCCGCCAGCUCUGUGCAGCUUCCAGAGAGAUUUUCUUACAGCAACCUAAUUUGUUGGAACUUGAAGCGCCCAUUAAGAUUUGUGGUGAUGUUCACGGUCAAUAUUCUGAUCUUUUAAGGCUUUUUGAGUAUGGUGGAUUACCUCCUGUAGCUAACUACUUAUUUUUGGGGGAUUAUGUGGAUAGAGGGAAGCAGAGUUUGGAAACAAUAUGCCUUCUCCUAUCAUAUAAAAUAAAAUAUCCUGAGAAUUUUUUCCUUUUGAGGGGUAACCAUGAAUGUGCUUCAAUUAACCGUAUAUAUGGAUUUUAUGACGAGUGUAAAAGAAGGUUCAAUGUAAGGUUAUGGAAGACAUUUACAGAAUGCUUCAAUUGCCUUCCUGUGGCAGCCCUCAUUGAUGAAAAGAUUUUGUGCAUGCAUGGGGGUCUUUCUCCUGACUUACACAAUUUGGAUCAGAUUAGAAAUCUGCAGCGGCCCAUUGAUGUGCCUGAUACAGGUUUGCUUUGCGAUCUCCUCUGGUCAGAUCCAAGCAAAGAUGUUCAAGGCUGGGGAAUGAAUGACAGGGGAGUUUCAUAUACAUUUGGUGCUGAUAAGGUCUCAGAGUUUCUUCAGAAACAUGAUUUGGAUCUUGUUUGUCGUGCUCAUCAGGUGGUGGAGGAUGGGUAUGAGUUCUUUGCUAACCGACAGCUUGUAACAAUAUUUUCGGCACCUAAUUAUUGUGGAGAGUUUGACAAUGCGGGGGCUAUGAUGAGUGUUGAUGAAACACUAAUGUGCUCUUUUCAAAUAUUGAAGCCAGCAGAUAAAAAAGCAAAGCUCAAUUUUGGAAGUACUGCCACUAGUAAGCCAGGAAACUCUCCAGCAGGCGUAAAGUCCUUCAUGGGUACAAAAGUAUGAAGUUGAUUUUGGUGAAAUUGCUGCCAGAACCGGCCACCUUGGUCUUGAAGAGGCAAUAGUUCCAAGAAAAGGAAAGUAACCAUUUGAUAUCCUACGAUAUUUUGGAAUUGUAAAAAGAAAGGGAAACACCAUGAACUAUGUAGACCAUUUUUCACUGGUACAAAUUUGCAUUUCGAGAUUGACAAGCAUAAUCUCUUCCGUGUUUUCUUUUGUACACUAAUAGCUGGUAUAUGUUCUGAGUUGUAAGCUUCUCAAACAUUGAUGGAUACAUCAGCAGCUGUUGCUGAAAACUAAUUAAAAAUGCUCUUGCAAUUGGCGUAUGAAUGGCAGUUGAAGCUGGUAAAAGCGAAUAUGGUUCUGUCUACUAGUUAAUUUUUUUGGUAGUCGUAUUAGCUUUAAUGAUCCUCUGCUAAUACGGGAUCUCUGAUCUAUUGCUUGAAUAUCUCCUGAUUCAACACAUUGGAUCUAUUAUGAGACAAAGAUACUUACCCUUUUGUUUGAUUCUUAUACCAAAUAAAAAGAGCUCGAUCGAUCCUGAC